AUGGGGCCACCUGCUCUGCUCAGGUGUAAUGUUAGAGUCAGUGUCAGCAUCCUCUCUGAACUGGGGAUUACAGGGGGCUGCACGACGGGGUCGGGUUGUUGGAGUGAGAAACUAACAGAUGACUUCUCAGCACCCGGACAAAGGGCCGUCACCGAGGACAGACAAGAGCAGCCUGAAUGGCUGGUGCGAGAGCUGCUGAGACAGAACAGGCGGAGACACUCUAUCACACUUGGAGAUGAGGCUCAAAUGAGACGACAUUACCACAUUACUGACUCAACUCGCAGACUGUGCAGCCUCAAGAUCGAUGAGACGAUAUCACUCGACAACCUCCAGAAAUUGAAACUAGCAUUUGAGGAAUUUGAAACGGGUGGCUUGAGAUCCAUUGAUGCGAAGAGUUUUGGACGUAUAGUGAAGAGGUGUUUGGGUUUGCCUAAGACGAGCAAUGCGCAGAUUCAAGGGUUAUUUAAGAAGAUUGAUUAUUCAGGCCAAGGACAGAUUUCAUGGGGUGAGUUCUGCACACACAUGCUGCAGGAGUACAAAGAGAAGCAGGAAACUACGAGGCGCAGUAAGCAGGUGGCUUUCACUCUGCCAGCCAGUACGAAGGCGUUGCAUCAUGGCAUCCCCAUUGUCAACAUCCACUCCACCCAUGAUGGCUCCAUCAUAACAGUGCGAGAAGACGGGGUUGUUUGCUCCUGGAGCCCUGAACUUAAACCAUUGAAAACCAAACACAUGUUUGACCCUGCAAACAGGAAGUCAAAGUGGGCAAGUGAUUUUACUCUCAUGACAGAGUUCAACAAGCUGAUGAUUGGAACGGGAGACAGAGAGAUCCAACUUUAUGAGCUUUCCACUCUGGAGCCUUAUUGCCAGAUCAAUGCACUUGACACAGUGCCUUUGACAUUAGACUACGCUACACUGGACCCUGAUAAAUGUUGUAUUGUGUAUGGAGACAUGGACGGAUGCGUGACUAUCAUUUUAAUAUCCACUGUUGGAGAUACCCUCAGAUUAUGGAAUAAAUUACCAAAGAUUGAAAAUAUUCCCAACAUAGCGAUGGACAAUGCAGUGCUUUCUCCGAAUGUGACAUUUGUCAGAUGGAAAGUUCAUCAGGACUGGGUAACACAGGCAAAAUAUUUUCAUAGUUUUCAAGCUGUUGUCUCCUCAUCAAAUGAAGAAUCUUCUUCCCUCGUUAUAGACGCUGAACAGCAGUUGAGUGAGAUCAGAGAGGCCUGCUAUGAAGGUAAGACAAAGAAGGUCCAACUGAGCUGGACUCCACAGCUUCGAGCAUCAUGUGACCAGACAGCUUUUACCAUCUGCAAAGGGGUCAAGACCUUUGACCUUUGUCAGGAGCACAGCUUGCUGAUCACUGGAGGCAUGGACAAACUGAUACGCAUGUGGAACCCACAUUUUUCUAGGAAACCAACCGGUAUUUUGAAAGGCCACUCCGCUCCCAUCGUCUACCUCAGCAUCUUCUCAGAGGACAGUCAGAUCUUCUCUGUCUCCAUAGACCGCAUUGUGAAGAUCUGGGAUAUUCAAGAUCAGUGUUGCGUGUUUACAGCAGACCCCAAAGCAAGCAGGAUUCAUGGUGACAUAUCGGCAUGCUCAUAUUCCUCUGCUAUGAAAUCCUUUUACAUUGCAGCAGACUGUAUGGCUGUGCUCUCCCUGAAGAUAAGCCCAAAGCUUCACAGCCGUCUGACUGUUUCACAUAAUGAGACUGUAAUGUGCUGCGGAUACAGUGAGGAGUUCCGUCAAGUUGUCAGCUGCACUGAGGGAUCUAUUGUUAAAGUCUGGGAUUUCGACACUGGCCGUCAGGUUUUUGAGUUUGGUGGCACACAUGACCUGUCUGCCAUCACAUGCAUGGCUUUUGACCCCAAUGGGAGAAGACUCGUCACAGGUGGGAGAGAUGGUUGUUUAAAGAUCUGGAACUUCAACAAUGGUCAGUGCCUAAAGACACUACAGAAGGAUGGUGAAUGUCACGAAGUGUGUGACUGCAUCUUUGUGCAAGUUCACAGGACUUUCUAUGUGAUGUCUGUCGGCCGGGACCGGAAGAUUGACAUUUACCCAGACAUACCUGAGGGACUUCAUCAUAUUCAGAGGCCGCAGCCUUCGUGGCAAGAUGAUCUGAAAAGUGGCCAUAAGGAGGACAUCCUUUGUGUGGCGCAGUGUCCCCCAUCUCUCUUAGCCACCAGCAGCUAUAAUGGAGAGAUUAUAGUGUGGAACGUGGUUUCUGGACGUAUACAGUGUCGGUUUGUCAGCCCUCUUCUAGCUGAACACCAAAAUGUUGAAGGACUGGAUACAAGCGUUCCAAGCAUCAUUUUCCUAAAGAACUCCAAGUUGCAGCAGUUUUCCUCGGCUACAGCUCUACUGUCGUCAGGAGCCAUGGGUUGUAUAAAUCUCUGGAACGUGCUCAGUGGAAGACAAUGUGUGGGCACCUUCAAAGCUUCUAGAUUCCAACAAAAGAUUACGAAACUGGCUAAAACAGACAAGGACACAAUGCUGUACGCUGCUGACCAAAUAGGUUACAUCUAUGUUUACAACAUGGAAAAGUUUGCACCUGGGCAAAGAUCACCUCGAGCUGAAAACUUCUGGCGUGCCCACACCAGCAGAAUCACUGGCCUGCAGAUUGUUGACAAUGAUCAAGUGGUGCUUACCUCAUCCACUGACUACACUGUGCGCCUUUGGAGUGCACAUGGAGAAUUCAUAGGGACCUUUGGGCAGUCUGAGAGCUGGAGAGUCCACAUUUCCUCUUCGUGGAAACAUCCUGCUGUCCCCUAUGAGGUUCUGAUUGAUCCUCUCAGUAUGCCUGAUACUGAAAUUCUGAAUGUAAAAUCACGUCUUUCUGUUGCCAUCGAUCCUGACAAGACUGGGGCUCAUAGAGGUGAACUAAAGUCAGAGACAAACAGUAAACUGAGACUUCCCCCAACGUCCGUCAGUGACACAGACAUUAAGGGAGAUUAAAAGCCUGUUUUAUCCAGAGGAACACAAGACUGGGCUGUCGUCAUGAAACUCUCAAGCUGUCGAACCACUGUGAUCUGAAAGACUUUGAUGCUGUGGAGCCACCAAACACCAGUGUAAGACCUGACCUCUCAUAAGCAGCUGGAGUCAUCUGAAUAAGAUGAAUAAGUCUGUAUUGAUCACAAUUGGGUAAAUUGGAUCAUUUCAGCAUCCAGUACUGAAACUCCUUUCAAUGAAAAAGCUCUAAAAUCCCACUGCACGCGACCU